AUGAGUGAUCAUAUAUCUGUAGGCGGUCGAUGGCGAAUUAUUUCGUUACAUUUAGAUCAAGGUAUAACUCCGAAUGAAAUAGCUUCUAUGAUUAAUGGUACAAGUCGAAUUGUUUUUAAUAUUUUACGAUUAUUUCAUGAAACAAAUAAUGUUAUCGAACAAGAAGAACGUGGCCGUGCUUUAUUAAACAAUAGAAAACGAAAUUCAGAACAAUAUAACUAUACGUAG